AUGGCACCCGCACUUGCCGCCGCCGGCCUCCUUCCGCCCUCCGCCCUGCCGCACAGCGUCUUCCCCAAGGACUCCUGCCCGCUCCCGUGCCUCCUCCUCACCUCCCUGUUGCUGCUGCUGCUGACCCUCCACCUCCUCUCCUCCUCCUCCCCCGCCCCCUCGCCGCCUCCACCACCACAGCCCCGCCUCGCACCGCUCCCCUCUGCAGCCUCCGCGGGCCCCGCACUGCCCUCACUCGCGUUCCUCCUCACAGGAUCCACGGGCGACGUAGACCGCCUCCAGCGGCUUCUCCUCGCCACCUGCCACCGCCGCAACGUCUACCUCCUCCUGCUCGACCGCACCACCUCCGCGGACGACCACGCACGGCUCGCUCGCAGCGCGCGGGCUGCCCCUGGCCGCGCCAACGGCCAUGUUGUCGGGGACCCCGGGUUCGCCAACCCACGCGGGGCCUCCGCGAUCGCCACCACGCUACACGGCGCCGCGCUACUGCUGAGGGUCGACCGGGGCUGGGACUGGUUCGUGCACCUCGACGCCGAUGAGUACGCGCUCGUGACACCCGAUGGUGAUUCCUCUCUACACCUAUCCUGCUACAUUUUGGUGUAUAUAUGCGGUAGAGUUCCUGAGAUUUUCUAUGUAGAUCUAGGUAUUUGGGUGAUCAAAAGAGUAUUUAUCUAUAUCUAUUUUGUUUUAAUAGAUUGUUAUUGUUUGCAUGAAAUGUUCCGUAGUUUGUUUAACAUUGAUAGAUCUGUCUGCAACUCUGGAUUUGGCGUUAUCAAGUAG